GCCAAUGGUUAAAUAGUGGGACACAGUCAUUCCCCUCUAUUUUGCUCUUCUGAAGACACCCCUGACCAGCAUUCCUCUCCACAGAAAGUAAUCCACACAGUUCAACAUGCCAGAGCAACCACAAGAGAGGAAGCCAAAGAUCUCAGCUUCACGGAAGCUGAUGCUCAAGAGUUUGCUGGUGGCAAAAGCAAAGGAGGAACUUGAGCAGGAGAUUCUGGAUAAGGAGGAAGAGAAGCAGAGAUAUUUGGCUGAGAGGGUUCCCCCUCUCAAAACCAGUGGCAUAUCAUUUGCUGACCUGCAGAAACUCUGUGAGGAGCUCCAUUCAAAGAUUAUUGUUGUGGAUGAAGAACGUUAUGACAUUGAGGCUAAAGUCAAUCUCCAUACUCGUGAGAUCAAGGAUCUUAACAUCAAGGUGCUUGACCUGAGGGGGAAGUUCAAGAGGCCCCCGCUCAGGAGGGUGAGGGUGUCUGCAGACGCCAUUCUUCGCUCCCUGCUCGGAUCCAAACACAAAGUGUCCAUGGAUCUCCGCGCUAACCUGAAGUCCGUCAAAAAGGAGGACUCAAAGGAGAAAAGGCCAGUGGAGGAUAGUGACUGGAGGAAGAACGUGGAGGCUAUGUCCGGCAUGGAGGGCAGGAAGAAGAUGUUUGAUGCGGCCAAGAGUCCAACCCAGUGAGGCUGCUGCACCUGAAGUCACAGGAUUUCCAUUGGUGCCAGAAGAACUGAUAAGCGUCCAUCCAGCUUCUUUUCUGGAACUCACAGUGGACCUUUUUCUUAUCUGCCACAGCAAUCAAGCUAUUUCAGAGUGUCAUGUGUCUGUGAAUAUGAUCCAAACUUGAUAUAAUUAUAC